AUGAAUAAUUUAAGUAGAACAGUGGCAAACCACUCAAAGACACGAAUUAAAUACACCCAAAUUAGUACAGAUCAAAGAAAUAUAAAAAGUAGCAGUUUUCCCAAUGCAGAAAUUACUACUAAUAAUAAACAUGUAGAUAAUGAGUCUCAACUAAACAAUAAAGAUACCAAUGCUUUUAGAAAAAAUGUCUCUGAAAAUGUUCAGCUAGAUGAUAAGAGCAAUAAUAAUAGAAAUGGAAAAAGAAAAAAUAUUGAUAGCAGCCCGGUCUCAUAUAAUAAUGAGAGUAAUACUACCAAAAGGAGAGAAACAGAAAAGAAUACGGAAUGCACAAAUGAAAGCAAUGAAAAAAGCCCUUAUAGAAAUGCAAGUGAAAAGGGAACCGAUGACAAUACAAAUGAAAACUAUUAUUCAAUACUUGAUGAGCUAGGAAAAUCAGAGAAAGAAGUUUUUAAAUCAGUUAAAGAUAGUAUGGACGAAAAUUUAAACUUAGAAUUUUUACGUUCUACAAGUGAAAAUUAUAUUUACAAGGUUACAUCAAGAGGGCCUGUUUGCUACUCAUCAACUUACAGAGAUGACAAGUAUAUAUAUCGACACAUUAUUUUAAGUGAUAAUGUUAGACAGUAUGCUGAAAAGAAGGUAAGACGAACUAAUGCAUUUUUGACAGAACAAUGUAUUAUUAAUGAGCUUCAAAUAGAUAUAGGAAAAGGAUGGAAACAUUUCAUGAUAUAUGAUGGAAAAAUAAGGGAACUUAUUUUACGAAAGGUUUUAACUUCAGAAGAUAAAUUAAGAAUGGCUGUUCAAAUGCAAAGAUAUAAUUAA